GAGUGGCACCAGUAACUAGUGGAGCUUUAAGCGUUUGCUGAUAUGGAGUUGAAGCAAACUGGUCUUGGGGUUCUGCUGCUUGUGCUGCUUGGCAGUUGUAGUGCACAGUUACCAAAAUGGAAGAGACCAAGUCCUCACCAGGCUCAACAGACAACAGGCAGGGGACCUGUGCAGCAAGCAGGGGCACGGUUGCCUGUUCAGGAUCCUGUCUCAGGAGUGCUUGUGAAUCCUGCAGAUCCACUCAGUGUUCAGUUGAAACAGGUGGUGCAGGGUCCAGUGAAGAAAUUGACGUGGCAUUUCCCCCAAGCUCCAGAGAAGCCUAAGCAGCCAGUAGUGAAUUUUGAGCCACGUCAGCCUGUUUCUACUGUGAGUGUUGCAGCCGAUUGUGGACAGAACUCUGUGUAUGUGGAGGUUAAGAAGGAUUUGUUUGGAACUGGAGAGCUAAUAAAUCCCUCGGCCCUCAGCCUUGGAGGCUGUGCGGUAACGGGAGAAGAUUCUGCUGCUCAGGUUCUCAUCUUUGAAGCAGAGCUGCAGCUGUGCAAUAGUGUGCUAACGACAACUGCAGAUGAGCUGGUCUACAGCUUCAUCCUUCAGUAUGCCCCUGAACCAUUGGGUGGGAAUCCAAUCACGAGGACAACUGGUGCUACGGUUGGUAUUGAGUGCCACUAUCCAAGGUAAGGACCAGUUUGCCUCCAGUGUA